AUCACAGCAUUACCAAAAAUGGGUCUCAACGGUUGCUGUUCAUGUGUGAAAUUUUUAAUGGUCCUUUUUAAUAUAUUAUUUUGGAUAAUCGGUUUGACAAUUGUUAUUGCCACGGCAUGGAUGCUGACAGAUCCCACCUUUGUUCUGUCCAUGACACAGACCUAUUAUCACUAUUACAUAGCGCUCUAUGUGAUCUUGGGUAUUGGCGUUCUCAUUACCAUUGGUGCUCUCUUCGGUUGCUGUGGUGUUCUUAAAGAAUCGCAAUGUUUGCUGGUGUUGUUCUUCUGUGUGAUACUGGUGGUAAUGGUGGCACAAAUCGCUGCCGGUGCCUGGGCAUUCCACAAUAAAGACAAACUGGAUGAUAUCGUUCGAGCCUCUGUGAAAUAUUCGGUGCAGGAGGAAUAUGGCCAGUCGAGUAUGAGUUCGCGUACAGUGACAUUUGAUACCAUACAAAAGAAUCUCCAAUGCUGUGGUGCUGAUGGUCCGGCCGAUUGGGCAACCAGCCGUUUCAAUAAUGUGGAUCGCACAAAUAUUGUCGAUAUUGCCAUCUCAUCGAUGAAUGUCUUCUAUAACAUUCCAGAAUCAUGCUGUAAAGAUGAAUUGAAAGAGAAUGUGUGUGAAAUGUCGAGGAAAUUGAAAUUCGGUGGUACCCUCAAUCCGGCCAUACAUCAACAGGGCUGUGUGGACAAACUCAUCGAGGUGAUCUAUGAAAAUUGGGUAUUGCUGUUCGGCAUAACCGGUGGCAUUGUCUUGCUGGAAUUGUUGGCCUUGACCUUGUCCUUGAGCUUGUGCUGUGCCGUGAGAAGUCAGCAAUACAAGGCCUGAGAAUUACAGAAUUCCCAUAGGGAAAUAUCAGACGAUGAAAAAUACUAACCGUAUUCUAUAAGGCAGCAGCAGCUGCAGCAACAACAUCAGCA